AUGGGCUCUGUUCUCAUCUCCAUGUUGUCUGUGCAGCUGCCUCCUAUUGAUGAGCCUAUCCCCAGUGCCCUGUCCUGCCCCAUCCUAGUUGGUCAAAGACAAAGAACAGAAGUGCAGGAGACGAGCCUCUCUGGGGACAGCCUCUCCCUGACCCAGACCUACUCCAACGAGUCCCAUAGCAACUCUAAGGAAACCCAGAAUUACUCCAAGGAGACCCAGAAUUACUCCAAGGAGACCCAGAACUACUCCAAGGAGACCCAGAACUACUCCAAGGAGACCCAGAACUACUCCAAAGAAACCCAUCACUACUCCAAGACCAAAAACAACCAAAAAACCCACAACUACUCCAAGGAGACCAGCAACUACCACAAAACCCACAACUACUCCAAGAAGACCAAAAACAACCAGAAAACCCACAACUACUCCAAAGAGACCAGCAACUACCACAAAACCCACAACUACUCCACGGAGACCAGUAACUACCACAAAACCCACAACUACUCCACGGAGACCAGUAACUACCACAAAACCCACAACUACUCCAAGGAGACCAGUAACUACCACAAAACCCACAACAACUCCACGGAGACCAGUAACUACCACAAAACUCACAACUACUCCAUGGAGACCAGUAACUACCACAAAACCCACAACUACUCCAAGGAGACCAGUAACUACCACAAAACCCACAACUACUCCAAGGAGACCCUCAAUAACCACAAAACCCACAACUACUCCAAGGAGACCCUCAACAACCACAAAACCCACAACUACUCCAAAAAGACCGCAAACAACCACAAAACCCACAACUACUCCACAGAGACCAGUAACUACCAUAAAACCCACAACUACUCCAAGGAGACCAGCAACUACCAUAAAACCCACAACUACUCCAAUGGGACCCUCAACUACCACAAAACCCACAACUACCCCAAGGAGAUCCUCAACAACCACAAAACCCACAACUGCUUCAACAAGACCCACAAAUGCUCCAAAAUCAACCAGAAUCUCUACCUCAGCUCCUCCACCACCAGCAAACGCACCAACUCCAAAACCAGUUGACAUCGACACUGUGACAUCUUCACACCGCCCUUGGAAUAAUCACACCGAAGUGGUCCCCACACCAAACCCCCUGAAGAUCCACACCAAGGGCCUCUAUAUCGGCAUCUCCGUGUCUGUUGUGCUGCUGCUUCUCACGAG